GUGAAAUUUAGGUACCCAUGUUCUGUCGGAAUACAGUAAGAGUCGUUGGUUAAGUGAAUAUAAUUACUGAGGCUCACAGCUAUCAAUAGUCAUAAUGCGCAAGUUGUUAGCCGAUUGUAACUAAAGCCCUUACAGAUGAAUAUUUCGGUCAUUUUUCAGUUCCUCUCUAGGUAGCGUCUCCAAUUCACUUGAACUCAUUCAAGUACAAUCAUCUUACGGGGCAACGUCCAAAAAAUACUGUCAAGUCUAUGAAAGUUUUGAAGGUGUCACAUGAAGUCGCGUAAGGUGCGAUGCCUGAGACAAACCACAGAGCUGAGUGUCUCUUCAGAUUCUGAGGAGGAUCGUCUCGAAGAUUCUACUGCACCUGUUGUUGCAGACUCCACAGUAGUUGUGGAAGCAAUAAGAGAAUUGCAAAAACUAAGGAAACGACCAGCUGGAGUAAGCUUGUCUGCACUAGCCACUGGUAAAGAAGUUCCAGAUCUCAAUCUAACAAUCGCCAACGACCCAUUUAGACUUAAGACUGGUGGUCUAGUUGACCUAAACAGUAUUUCAUCUGCUAAACAAUCCGAAGAGGACGAUGACGUUGAAGCUCGUCUAGCUAAAACGUUCGCCACAGAAACUAAUAAGAGAGAUGAAGAUGCCGAAAUGAUCAAGUACAUCGAGGAGGAAGUAGCCAAACGAAAGGGAUUAAUUAAACCCUCCACUCUAGACCGGGAUGAAGAUUCAGACUUACUACAGGAUGUUCCUGAGUAUCUCAAACCUUCAAUUGGUCAACAGAAGGAAGACAUGUUAUCCAACCAAAUGUUAUGUGGUAUCCCUGAAGUUGAUUUGGGUGUAGAAGCGAAAAUGAAAAACAUAGAAGCCACAGAAGAAGCCAAGCAAACACUUUUUAGAAAAAGAUUAAGUCGCAAACAUGGUUAUUCAACAGAUCACAUAGCACCAACUAGUAUGGCAGUCAACUUCGUUCAGCACAGUCGGUGGAAUAGUUACACAAAUGGAAUCAGUAAAAGAGCUGAUUUGAACAACGAACGAGAACUCAACCACAUAGCCAAUAAUAAUACAAACAAACUGGAAUCAACAAAAAAUAAUCCAAUGUCUCCUCAAAUGGAAAAUCGUCGUUUAGAUAAUAGCCGACCACAUAUUCGUAACGAAAAAUCCACAGAUAAUAUUGCACUUCAACGAUUCAAAAAUUAUAUGCGCGAUAAAAGACGUCGGUGAUGAUUUUAUUCCCUCCUAUUUUUUUUAUCUUGACAAGACAAUGUUUCUUCUUUUUUAGUGAU